CCACGUUGUAAAAUAACAGAGGAAAAGAGUUGAGAAAAUUUCUAAAUAACUGGAUUAUUUCAUCAUAGUGUCGAGACAUACAUGUAUAUGCUGAAGAUCAUAUCUAAUUUUCUAAAAUAAAAGAUUGUCAAAUACUAACAAUAAAUAUCACAAUAAUCACUAAAGAUGCGGGAUUCGUAUCUCCAACACACUUGGUAGUUAAUACACAAUUUAGGGGUAAAAAGGUAUAUUUCGUACGUGUUUACUUCUUGUUCUAGUUUUAAGUUUACCGUACUAGUCUAUAUAUGUAGUUAGUUCUUACAUAUUUGUUUCGAAUUGUGGAAUUUGUAGUCAUUUUUAAUAGGAAAAUAAGACAUAGUUAUCUACAAUAUAAAGCCUAUUCGGUAUAAUAACAGAGUAGAAUCUAACAACCCCAAAGCUUUCAUAGAUUGGGUUUUGUAGGGAUAUUUCAGUUUUUACUGGAAGGAUCAUGAAGAACAUCAACAAUGGCUUCUUCCUCUGCAUGCUUUUACUCCUCUGGUGUUUUGUGCAUUCGGGGAUUUCAAUUGAUCCUUUCUCCCCAAGCGACUCACUCAAAACAGAGUGUGUAAUGAAGCCUCCACGAAGCAGUGAAACGAAAGGAUUAUUACAAUUUAGCCGCUCUGUCGAAGAUGACUCUGAUGAAGAAUGGAAAAUAGAUGGAAGUGGAUCCAUAAGAGAAAUGACACAGAGAAUUCAGCUUCACGAAGGAAACAUUUACAGCUUCUCUGCUUGGGUGAAGUUGAGAGAAGGAAACAAUAAGAAAGUAGGAGUUGUGUUUAGGACAGAAAAUGGAAGAUUUGUUCAUGGAGGUGAAGUUAGGGCAAAGAAAAGAUGUUGGACUUUGCUUAAAGGUGGCAUUGUGCCAGAUGUUUCAGGCUCUGUAGAUAUUUUCUUCGAGAGUGAUGACAAAGAAGCAAAGAUUUCUGCAAGCGAUGUGUCCCUGAAACAGUUCAGUAAACAAGAAUGGAAACUGAAACAAGACCAACUAAUUGAAAAGAUAAGGAAGAGCAAGGUGAGAUUUGAAGUAACUUAUCAGAACAAAACUGCGGUAAAAGGCGCAGUGAUAUCUAUAGAACAAACCAAACCAUCUUUCCUAUUAGGCUGCGCAAUGAAUUUCCGGAUCCUACAAAGCGAAGGGUACAGAAAUUGGUUUGCGUCGCGGUUUAAAAUCACAUCCUUCACCAAUGAAAUGAAAUGGUAUACAACGGAGAAAGAACGUGGUCACGAGAACUACACGGCAGCUGAUUCAAUGUUAAAAUUUGCGGAAGAGAAUGGAAUAUUGGUUAGAGGUCAUACUGUGUUGUGGGAUGACCCUUUAAUGCAGCCAACUUGGGUGCCAAAAAUAGAAGAUCCAAACGAUUUGAUGAAUGUGACAUUGAACCGGAUAAACUCGGUUAUGACGAGAUACAAAGGGAAGUUAACCGGGUGGGACGUGGUUAAUGAGAACGUGCAUUGGGAUUACUUUGAGAAAAUGCUUGGUGCCAACGCUUCGUCAAGUUUCUACAAUUUGGCUUUUAAGCUUGAUCCUGAUGUGACAAUGUUCGUUAACGAGUACAACACGAUAGAGAACCGUGUAGAGGUUACCGCGACGCCGGUUAAGGUGAAGGAGAAGAUGGAGGAGAUUCUUGCUUACCCAGGUAACAUGAACAUUAAAGGAGCUAUUGGAGCUCAAGGUCACUUUCGUCCAACUCAGCCUAACUUAGCUUACAUGAGAUCUGCAUUGGAUACUUUAGGCUCACUAGGUUUGCCUAUCUGGCUUACAGAGGUUGAUAUGCCUAAGUGCCCUAAUCAGGAGGUAUACAUUGAAGAAAUUUUGAGGGAAGCGUAUUCGCAUCCUGCGGUUAAAGGCAUCAUAAUAUUUGCUGGGCCUGAGGUGUCUGGUUUCGACAAGCUGACACUUGCGGACAAAUACUUCAACAACACUGCAACAGGAGAUGUAAUUGACAAGUUGCUCAAGGAGUGGCAGCAAUCUUCAGAGAUUCCCAAGAUUUUCAUGACGGAUUCCGAGAAUGAUGAAGAAGAGGUCUCAUUGUUGCAUGGACAUUACAAUGUGAAUGUAAGUCAUCCAUGGAUGAAGAACAUGUCAACCAGUUUCAGCUUGGAGGUAACUAAGGAGAUGGGUCAGCGUCAGGUGGUUAGAGUUGUAAUUAAUGCUUGAAUUCUUUUAAAAAUAUGUGAUAUUUUCAUAAAUUCAUAAUAAUCAUAUAAAACUUGAAAAGUCUUCUACCAUGAAUCAUAACGUCUUGUACUCAUCUUCUACAGACUAAUAUUGAAGUGUUAAUGUUAAAAGAG